AUGUCUCUCCUCCACCGGCAGCUCCAGCGUCGAGCCACACUUGCGGCCUCAUCAUGUCGUGCAACCCGUAGCAGCAAAGGCAUCACACGGGGCCUCGCUACCAGCGCUAUCUCGUCCGACGCAGCCUCGCAGGAGUCCCGCGCGCGUCCGAGGGUGGUGUUUUCCGGCAUUCAGCCUACAGGCACACCUCAUCUAGGGAACCUCCUGGGCGCCCUGUUGAACUGGGUGAAGCUGCAGCGCGACGCGGCGCCAGAAGACCAGCUCAUAUACUCCAUCGUCGGCUGGCAUGCCCUCACAUUACCGCAAGACCCGAAGGCGUUGAGCGCGGCGCGACGUGACAUGCUCGCGGUCCUCCUUGCAGUGGGUCUUGAUCCAAAGCGGUCAGUCAUCUUCCACCAGGACGAGAACCUACACCAUGCGGAGCUAGCGUGGAUACUUAACUGCAUCACGCCUAUGGGGAAACUGAGGCGAAUGACGACGUGGAAGUCUAGACUUGCGGCCUCGCGAAACGCGCGCGACGACUCCGAGGUCGAUGAGUCGCUACUUAACGCGGGCCUUUUCACGUACCCCGUUCUCCAAGCGGCAGACAUCCUUGCCUACCGUGCGACUCACGUCCCCGUGGGCGAGGAUCAGCAGCAGCACAUAGAGUUGUGCCGGGACCUCGCAGACAGCUUCAACCGCACGUUCAAGGGCAAGCGCAUGCUCUUCCCUCUCCCGCAGCAUGUCAUCACGACGUCUUGCCGAGUCCUCUCACUCAAGGACCCAUCAUCGAAGAUGUCCAAAUCGUCCCCAGACCUCAACUCGCGCAUCCUCCUCACCGAUACCUCCGCGCAAGUGCGCACCAAAAUCCGUGGUGCGGUGACGGACUCCACGCUCGGAAUCACUUACGACCCCGUCGCGCGCCCCGGCGCCGCGAACCUCCUCAGCAUCUUCGGGGCGUGCACGGGCGAGGAGCCCGCCGCGGUUGCGGCGCGCUAUGCGGACAAGGGCCAUGGCGAGCUCAAGGCGGAUGUCGCGGACGCGGUGGAGGAGCUCAUCAAGGGCCCGCGAGCUGAGUUUGAGCGCCUCCGCGGCGAGACGGAGUACUUGGCGAGUGUUGCGCGUGAGGGAGCUGAGAAGGCAAGGCAGCUGUCAGCUGGGACGAUACAGGAGGUCAGGACUCGCAUAGGGCUCGUCUGAGGAGCCUCCUCCGAGUGUCCCGUGGUGAUGGAUGUAGCAUACAAUCAGACUAUAAUGACUCCCUACUCGUACAGCGUACACUUCAUCGGUUACUGCUACAGCAACGGCUACACGACGCAUGCCCCCUUGCUUUGCCUUCAGACCUCCUCAACAGGUCCCGACCAUCCCUCGCGGGUCGUUCACCUCUGAGCCCCCCAACGAGCCCAUCUCCGCCAGGGUUCCCCCGAACAGCUCGUUGAAUGCUUGCUCGAGCCCCAGCCUCUCCAAGGUGACCUCGAGGCUCUCCUCGCCGCGCGUAUCUAGCCCCUCCAGCCACUCCUCUAAGCCAUCUCCCCCAGAAAUAAGCAGACUCCGGAGGCGCGUGCGUUCUGUCUGGCUCAUCGGCGUCGCGUGUGCGCCUUCAGGCAGGACGGCAUCGACGCCCUUGCACUCCUCGGUGUCCCACGCCUGCGCGCGGAGGACCGCAAGCCACGCCUGGUCCAGGUCGCCUAGCCACUCAAGGAGGAGUGGGAGCGUCUCGACGUCGGGGGUAUAUCCGAGGAUAGAAUGGAGGACCUCGCCGGAGAGGCGUAGGAGCAAGGUCGUGCGGAGUGGCGCAGAGGGGUCUACAGGAGGGAUUUGAAGGAUAAGGGAGAGCAGAUG